GCGCCCGGCGCUGCCCGCAGCUCCCGGGGCUCCGCCGCGCCGCCCCAGCCAUGUCCUCCAGCUCCCCGCCGGGCGAGCCCAAGGGCCGCAGCCUGGGCCGGCUCUCGCUGCCCAGGAGGGGCAGCAUGACGCCCGGCAAGAAGCUGGCGGCGCUGGAGCUGGCCGAGAGCGCCCCGAACGCCCACUACGCCCCGCUGGCGGCCGCGCAGGGCGGGCAGGCGCCCGCGGGAUGCGGCCCCGCGCCCGAGCGGGAGCGGGCACCGCGCCUGCGGAGCGAGGUGCUGGUGGUGAGCGCCGACUGCCCGCGGCCCCCCGUCAGCCUGGACCCCCGCGUCUCCAUCUACAGCCUCCGCAAGCCCCUGCUCAGCCGCAGCAGCGUCCAGGGCAGGGUCUACAACUUCUUGGAGCGGCCCACGGGAUGGAAGUGCUUCGUGUACCACUUCACCGUCUUCCUUAUUGUGCUGAUAUGCCUUAUCUUCAGUGUGCUUUCUACAAUUGAGCAGUAUGCAGCUCUUGCUACAGGGACACUAUUUUGGAUGGAAAUUGUAUUAGUGGUGUUCUUUGGAACAGAGUAUGUGGUUCGGCUAUGGUCAGCAGGAUGCCGCAGUAAAUACGUUGGAGUAUGGGGAAGGCUUCGUUUUGCUAGGAAGCCUAUUUCAAUCAUUGAUUUAAUUGUAGUUGUUGCUUCCAUGAUAGUUCUUUGUGUGGGCUCUAAAGGUCAAGUCUUUGCAACCUCUGCUAUCAGGGGCAUCCGUUUCCUGCAGAUCUUACGGAUGUUGCACGUUGACCGUCAGGGCGGUACCUGGAGGCUGCUGGGGUCAGUGGUGUUCAUACACAGACAGGAACUGAUAACUACGCUCUACAUUGGAUUUCUAGGCCUGAUUUUUUCCUCCUAUUUUGUGUACCUGGCUGAGAAAGAUGCUGUAAAUGAUUCUGGAGAAACAGAGUUUGGCAGCUAUGCAGAUGCCCUGUGGUGGGGAGUAGUGACUGUUACAACUAUUGGCUAUGGAGAUAAAGUGCCACAGACCUGGAUAGGAAAGACAAUUGCAUCUUGCUUUUCAGUGUUUGCAAUCUCAUUUUUUGCACUGCCUGCGGGAAUUCUUGGUUCAGGCUUUGCCCUAAAGGUACAACAGAAACAAAGACAGAAGCAUUUCAACCGUCAGAUUCCAGCUGCUGCCUCACUCAUACAGACUGCAUGGAGAUGCUACGCUGCAGAAAACCCAGACUCUUCUACAUGGAAAAUUUACAUUCGAAAACCUGCCAGGAAUUAUCAUUUGCUCUCACCCAGUCCAAAACCAAAGAAAUCGGUGAUGGUUAAAAAGAAGAAAUUUAAGUUAGACAAGGACAAUGGGCCUUCUUCUCCAGACAGGAUGUUGGCUAUACCACACAUCACCUAUGACCACGUGGCCGAGGACAGGAAAACUGAUUUCAGUUUUGAACCAUUUGAAAAUUCUGAUUGUCAGCGCUCCUGGCCAUCCUUUUCCACAGACCAGCAGUCUUCCAGCGCUCCUUCCUCUCCAGUAAAAAAGAGCCCAGCGUUUCUAGAUGUGAGCACAGGACCCUUCAUCAGGACCAGCAGCUUUGCCGAUGAGCUUGAUCUGGAGGGUGAGACCCUGCUGACCCCAAUAACCCACAUCUCACAGCUGCGGGAACACCACCGCGCUGCCAUCAAGGUGAUUCGGAGGAUGCAGUAUUUUGUGGCAAAAAAAAAGUUCCAGCAAGCCAGAAAGCCCUACGAUGUCCGAGAUGUUAUUGAGCAGUACUCUCAGGGCCACCUCAACCUGAUGGUGCGAAUCAAGGAGCUGCAGAGGAGGUUGGACCAGUCCAUAGGAAAGCCAUCUCUUUUUAUCUCUGUCUCAGAGAAAAGCAAAGAUCGAGGAAAUAACACGAUUGGUGCCAGGCUGAACAGAGUGGAGGACAAGGUCACACAAAUGGACCAGAAGCUGAACCUCAUCACAGACAUGCUGCAUCAUCUGGUUUCCCGUCAGCAGGGGGAUCAGGGCAACAACAGAUCAUCUCAGAGAGGCAACAGCAGCGUCAGUUCAGAGCUUUUCCUCCCUAACAACACCCUGCCCACCUACGAGCAGCUGACAGUACCGGCAGGGAACGAGGACGACAUCUCCUGAUGUGCUGCAAGCCUGGGUUGGGUUGUUCCUACUUCUCUCCUCUGAACGGGACUGAGUGUUGAGAACCUGGGAGAAAUUAAGUUCAUCAGCCAACCAAGAAAUCGUGCAACUGCUGUAUCCACACCACUAGUCUCAAACAUGCUGAAGUUACCCACAGUAGCCAAAGGAUUGCCAGGCUGUCUUCCACCAGGCAAAACUUCUGGAAGCUCCACGUUGAUUUUGCUCCUGAACAAAUGAUCACAACUUAUUUCUCAAAAAGACCAAAAUUAUAUAAAGACAGGCAAAAUCACAAGGAUUUAG